GCAGGCACCUUGUCGUGGUGCGGGGGCUUAGUCGAAUCAUUAAUCAGACCUUAUCAGUGGAUGGUAGUGUAGUCGUUUAAGUACAUUCCAGUACGGAACGAUUACAUUCCAUUCCUUUGGUUCGGGCUGUCUUUUGAACGAUGACCAAGUUCUGCCAACCCCCUAAUCCAGGGUGUAAUGCGACACCGUGCCCAUUGGAUGGUUUGCAGCCAGGGGGUUUACCAGACCGGUUGUAUUUUAACGGCGCCUUCCUAACACCGGGCCGCCUUAGGGAGUAACUGUGGCCUUGCUGCGGCAUGGGGCGCUGUCGUGGUGGACCGUUUGAAUUCCCCAUUAUAUUACUUAGACCACUGCGCUUGCCUCGUCGAGCAGGUGGUCGUACGAACAAGAUGAAUUCAAAUACUUACUUAAAUAAUACUUAUAAUAAACCAAACGAGAGGGCUUUGGCCGACCUGUUGGGUCAGCUGGUGAGGGGUAGAAACCCGUCACCCACUGGCUUUAACAGGGGGGGAGGAGGUAGUAGUGGAGUUAGUGGUGGUGGACCCAUGAACAACUAUAGUAGUUCAUCUAUGGGGCCGGGUAGUGGAAGUGGCGGUUGGGGCGGAAAUGCUCCGAAUGAUUGGAACCAUGGAGGCGGUGGAGGUGGUUUCGGUAGUGGGGGUGGUGGUGGUGGUGGCAACAUGAUGCCAUUGAUGCAGCGUAACGUGGGUAUGAACAUGAAUAUUGGUAGUGGGGGCGGCGGAGGCUUUGGUGGCAUGUCGCAGGGUGGUGGCAUGAACGAUAACUAUGGUGGGAUGCCACAGAAUAGAGGUGGGAACGAUGACUUUGGUGGGAUGCAACAGGGCAAUAACUACAUGGGUAUGUCGCGAGGCAACCAAGGUGGUUUUGGCGGCAUGCCAUCAAACAGUGGCGGUUUUAGUGGGGGUGGUUUUCCACAAAGUAAUUAUGGGGAUGAUGGUUUUGGAGGUGCCCCACCACCACCUCGUUCUCGAGGCCAGUGGGUUAGUGGAGCCGCGAAUCGUAGUAAUCGCAAUGCGGCGCCGCCUCAAGUGCGCGGCAAUAAUCGCCCGUCGAAUUCAGCGCCAGGCAGACGAAGCUUAAAUGGUACAAAAGCACCACUAUCAUCGAGAAGUAGUCGCAGCGGUGGUGCUUCUGCUUCAAGUAACGCUUCAAGGCCUGUGCAGGCACAAAAACGUAGUGCGCCGCCAAUUUCUUCCCCACCAACAAAAGCCAAGAUAAGUGCAAAUAAUGUUAAACCAACAUCCGUUCAAGGAACUAAGACGGCCACAUCUGCUGCAGAACCUAGAAGGGUGCUGACAUCAACUGGUGGGCGUUGGUAUCAACAUUUCUUGGCGAAGGGUAUUAAACCAGAAGAAGCCCGUAAGAAAGCUUUUGAGAAUAAUAACAAGCCAUUCCCCUCAGGAGUUGAAGGGGCAGCAAAAAAGAGUGUCAAAAAAGCGAAACCUCCACCCGCUGAUACGUACAUACGCCUUGCAAUCUUCGCAAAAGGUUUUCCUGAAAAUAUGUUGGAUCCCGAAGAUCUAUCGUCUAUCGAAGAACUGAUCGUCGAUGAAGUUGCCAACAGUAGCACUGAAUCGAAAUUACAAUUUGAAAGAGUACUCAGAAAACCGGGCAUGCUUAUGAUAGAUUGCUUAAGUCAGCAUACUGCUGAUUGGCUGAAAGAUAUCAUCCCCAAAUUGACCAACUGGGAAAACCCUGAAUUGGCAGUUUGUAUUGAAGAAGACAUUCCAGAUGCUUAUGUGAUGACUAUCUCGUUGCCAAGAAGCGUUGGCCAAGAAUAUGAUCAGACCUUGGCACUAAUUCAGUCACAAAAUGACGAUUUGGUCACCGAUUCGUGGGAAUGGGUGCAUGAGCGAGAGGAUGGUGAUAGACUAAUUGUUACCAUCCGUAUUGAUAAGGACUCACAUGCAGCAAUUAAAGAGAAAAAGUGGAAGAUAUUUUACAAAUUUGGUUUGGUAGAUGUAAAUUUCGCCCGCUAUAUGCGGUAUGCCCUUAGUAAACGCUUACACGGAGAGGCGGAAGGCGAUAACACUAAAGGCAAAGAAGAUAAACCAGAAGCUGAGGAUGGCGAGCAAGAAAAAACGGCUGAAACAACGGAGGAGAAUCCACCUUCACCACCGCCCGCACCUGUAAUCAGCAAAUAAAAAUUGCAUGCGGUAUUUGCAUUAUUCUUACUUGAAUACAUAUUUAGCGAUGAUUAUUAUCCUCAACAAUUGACCAUCUCAACUAUAUUAUGAAUAACACCGUGCUUGGCAAUGCUGCGAUUCUUUGGUGAUCUAUAGUCGUUGACAGCAGACAUACACAUUAACUAUGCCAAUCCUAUAAAAACCAAUAUAUUUCUCCGAAGUCAUUGGCAAAAAACAUCAGUCAUCUAUGGAAUUCUUAACGUGCACGAAAAACAGGGAAAUCACACAAUGCAUGAGCGGAGUAACGCGAUGAAUUGAGCGGUGUGCAGUUUUCAAAUUGUUGACAAUUGUUUUGGAAAUGAUCAUACAAGUAAUUAUUUUCUAAUUUAUUCAAAUCUUUAAAUAAUUCAUGUACAAGUGUAAGUUUUGUUGUGCAAAGCUAAUCGUCAUACAUCAACACAUGAUGAAUUUCACAACGUUGUAUACCGUUAGCAACAAUAAAGUGUAUGUCUUACUAGAAGGCGAUAUGAUUGAA